UCAUUUUGUUCUGUUUUUUGAUACAUGAAUUUCAUUUGUGUCGAUUAAUUAGGUCAUUGCGAUUUUUGUGUAUUGCGAUUUCUUUUGAUUGUUCUUUCAAUUUUCUAUCUUCGAUUGUUCUAUCUUCGAUUAUUUCUUUCGAUUUUGUGUAUUUUCUAUCUUCGAUUGUUCUUUGUUUGUUGCGAUUUCAUCUCUAUUCUUGCUAAAUAUGGUAGUUGCUCGAAAUUCUGCACAAGUUGAAGAACCAAUAAUAGCAGAUCCUCAAGGUAUGCCAAGUACAUGAGGGAAAAGAAUAAAAAUUGUUGCCUCAAAAAAGAAAAGUGUUGAAGUAGCUGCAAAAGUAGAAGAAAAUCAUGAAGAGGAACAACCUUUCCCGAAAACAAAAAAAUCUGUUGCUUCCAAAAAGAAACAAGUUCAAGUAGUUGUUGCUGGGGGAAUGGAAGAAGAACCUCGAUUAGCAAUAACUAAACGAGAAAGUGUACAAAUCGUUUCUUCUACAACAAUUCCAAAAAAGAAGAGAGAAGGUCAACUUCAUAUGCUCUCAUCUCCUUCUCAAAUGGUUUCUUUGUGUGAUAAAUUGAAUGAUAAUCAAAGGACUAUUGUGAAAGAAAUUGGUUUUAAAGGAUUGCUUUUGUUGAGAAUUAAGAUGUCUUAUCAUGGUAUGGCUAAGUACUUUAUCAACCAAUACGAUGUCAGUACUUCAGUUUUCAUAGUCAAUCAAAACUGCAAGUACACUAUAACUGAGUAUGAUGUCUGCGAUAUUUUUGGCUUGCCGUUAACUGUUAAUGAUGUUAUCAAACAAACUAAUUCAAAUGAAGAUAUUUCUGAGUAUGAUUUAUUUGAGGAGUGGCAACAAAAACUUGAUUGUGUUGGGACUAAGGAUAUAUCUGCUGAACAACUACUUUCCAAAAUGUUGUUGGACUUAACUAAUGGAGGCGAUGAUUUUAAAAGGUUUUUUGUAAUGUAUGCUUUUAUCACAUUUUUGGCUCCCAAUUCACACCGAACUGUUGAUCAUAGUUUGCUUAAACCAUUAGUUGAUGUUAAGGAGAUAAAAAAUCUUAACUGGUGUGGUUUAGUGUUUGAUAGGUUUAGAAAUGGCUUGGAGAGAUGCCAAACAAAAAAUUUGAAAAAUAUUCCUUCAUGUCUAGCCAUAUUAGAAAUUUGCUUUUACCAUCGAGUUAGCUCUCUAGGUAUUUUUCCAUCAUCAAGGUUGCCCUUAAUCCAACAUUGGACUUAUGAGACUUUGAAAAAAAGGGCACAACUUGAGUUGAAGGCUAGAUCCUUUGGACUGGGUGAUUUCGAUGGAGACACAUACCCAGUUUCAAAGAAAUUAAGAAAAAAAUCGCAUGAUGAUGAGGUGGAGCUAGAAGAAAAUGGGAUGUAUCUCAAGAUCCCUAUUCCCGAUGGCUUGUUGGCAUCUUCUGAUCAAAAAAUUCAUGAUACAGCUGGUGAUGAGCUUAUGGAGGAAGUUAGCAAGAUGAAGAGAAACAUGAAAAUUGUUACUCAACAUCAUCUAUCGAGACUGUUGAAGUUAAAAGCAAAAGGCAAUCAAGCACAAGAUGUCGGACAAUCAUCAAACUCUCCAACACUAUCGCAAUGGUAUUCAGACCCAAAAGUGAUGGAGGAGAUUGAUGAGAUUAUGAACAGGAUAAGAGUUGUUAAAAGACGAACAGCUGACAUCGACUUACCAAGCUUUGACCUGGGAAUAUCAGAUCUUGAGAAAACACCUUCACCAGCACCGAAAUUGAUUGCCAAGAAGAGAGGAAAGAAGAAAAUUUGAGUUUGUGUUUUGAUUCCAUGACGAAACUAUGAUGAUUCAACAAAUAUAUGUUAUGAAUGAUAAUCUCAACAAUAUUCAUGUAAACAUCAUCAAAUUGUGAUGAUGUGUUGACGUGUGAUGUUUUGUAUGAUGCUUUAUACUUCAAACUUUGCUACUUCAAAUAGUUUAUUUGUAUCUGCUUAAGUAA